GGAAGAUGUGCAAGCAAACAUUAUUUCUUCAGCAUAAAUUUCGAUUUCAUCAGCGCACAUUCGACAGUAUGAAUAAAUCUGUGGAAUAACAGUACUGAGCUGAGCUCUUUGGCCAAAAUGGCGAUGCAGCAGUAACAUUAACAACAAACUGAAUCUCUCACAACGACAUGAAGACAGCCGAAGGUGCAAGCCUGCAAUUUUAAUAUCAAGAUGUCACCUGGAAAGACCUCAGUCAACAUUGUGAACUUGGGGAAAGUGGCUUACCAAAGUGCUCUACAGAUACAGCAGCAAUAUGUUAGACGACAUUUUGAUUCUUCAAUCCAAACUCCAAACACGGUUCUCUUGUGUGAACACGAUCCUGUUUACACCACUGGCAUUCGUAGAGCGCUGUACCCUGCUGAAGAAGAGCAAAAACUGAGAGAUCUGGGUGCAGAUUUCUUUCGGACGAACCGCGGAGGCCUUAUCACUUUUCACGGGCCAGGGCAGAUGGUGUGUUAUCCUAUUUUAAACCUGGGCUGCUUUAAGAAGAGUGUGAGGUGGUAUGUGUGUGAACUGGAAAAGACAGUUAUUAAGAUGUGUGGCAAGUUCGGAAUUACAGCCUCCACCUCUCCGGAUACUGGUGUCUGGGUUGGAAACAACAAAAUAUGUGCAAUUGGUAUCCACUGUGGUAGAUACAUCACUUCUCAUGGUUUGGGACUCAACUGCAACACUGACAUGAGCUGGUUUGACCACAUUGUGCCCUGUGGUAUUAUGGGAAAAGGAGUCACUUCACUCAGCCUUGAGCUCGGCCGGGACGUCACCAUCGAAGAGGCAGCUCCAGUGUUACUACAGGCUUUUAGUGAACAGUUCAACUGCAUGCUGAGUAAAGCUGAGUCUCUAUAAAACCACUAAAUGUCUUUGCACUUUAAACUGAUAAAUGCUGUGGGACCCUUCCGCGAAGGGUAACCCUAAUAAAACUUUACAAAACCUGUGAAA